GUUCAAAUUCAGAAUAUUUCAAAACAACACAGGAUAGAUAACAGUGCACAUGAUGUUAUGUAUAUGCCUUUUGGUGAUACUGACGUCGACUGGUCCUGGACGGGCAGCUGAGACAGAAUGUAAAGUUUCUACAUACGGCAAAGAAUUUAUCUUUGGAUUCGUUGAUUUGCCUUCCUAUAAUUCGCACGCCCAAGCUACGGACCCGAAAAUUGAUGUACAGCUCAUUACUCAACAUUCUGCCAACGUCUACAUCUCUCUUCCUAGCACGAAUUCUGCCAACAAAACACCAACCACAGUUACAACAAAGUAUUACGUUUAUAAAUCCAAAAUAGUUCCAUUUAAUUCUUCAUUUAUUAAUAAAAACCAAGAUACAUCGUCUGGCGGAGUUAUCAAGAUAACAUCUGAUGCCCCAGUUACAGUUAUAAAAGUUUACACGGAGGAUAAUGAUCACAUCGUCUGUCCUGUUCUGCCUUCGAGUGCCGUUUCUACGUCUUACGUUAUACCUUCGUAUGGUGUUAACGCGAACUCCUAUAGCAAAGCUCAACUAUUCGUCGCUGCACUCAACGAUUCAACAACUGUGACGUUUGAAGGUUUUGAGACAGGUUCUAUGAUUCAAACACUGAACCAGAACGAGAUUUACACGUAUCAGAGUCGUGCAGACCUGAGCGGAACAAUCGUCACGAGUAACAACCCGGUGGCUAUAAUCUCCUCAGUUACGGUUGGGACGUCUAGUUUUUACAACAAAUUAAAAGAAGGCUUGAUAAUUGAGGCCCCACCAGUUGACAGACACGCUCGGCAUUUCAUCAUUCCUGUUUUACGUGCUAACACAGAAAAGAUAAUUCGUAUCUACGCACCUUUCCAACACGCUAACGUAGAGAUCCAUUCAACGUCAGAUACCACGAAAUACGUUACCGUAUAUCAAAAGAUUUUCUAUGAGAUCGUGCCAACUUCGGCAACUGUGCUAGAAAUACUGUCUGAUAGUCCUGUUGUAAUUGUUCGGAUUGACGUAGAUUCACCUCAUGGAGCGUUUUCUAUGACAAACAUCCCAGCAGUGUCCCAGUUCUUAAACUCCUACCCCGUAGAUAUAAGCUACACCUCAUCCCGUAAGACCGACUUUACGGUUAUUAUCCAGUACAAUAAGGCAUCGGGACUCCUCGUAAAUGACAAGCCAAUCAUCCAUAACCCUGACCAGACAGCAAUAGGUACUCCCCUUGGCAACUUCACAUUUCUGACUAUACGGCCAUCCUCUUUACCUGCAACAAUAUCACACAUUGCAUCUGAACCAUUUGGACUCUUCUACACCAGUUCGAACUACUUCUACUCAGCGGGAAUGCAAUUUACAAACUCAGAUUGCUCAUCGGUGUCUCCUUCCAUAGAUCCGUCGACUGGUUUCAUCGGUUAGAAAUGAAAUGGGCACAGUAUGGGGCUAAACUGGAUUUAACCCGAUACCAGAUACUUCUAAAAGAAACAAAAAAUUGCAAUGUUGUUUUAUAAAAUUAAAUAUGUGCCAUUA